AUGUCAGACUUUAAUCAAACUUAAGACACUAAUGGUUAGAAUAAAUCAAGUUUAAUUCCAGAUGAAAGACUUAGAAAUCUUGAUCCUGAAGGAGGCUAUUCUGAUCCAGAUGAGGGUUUUAGAGCUGAACUUACAGCUAUGGUAUCUUAAGCUAAAAUAAAUGUAAAUGCACUUCCUACUAAAUCAUAUCUUGAAGCAACAAUUACUCCAACAGUCAUGAAAGCACUUUAAGAAGUGUGCGAAUGUAGACCAGAUAACCCACUUGAAUUCGUGGCUUAUUACAUUCUAAAGCACAAUCCAAAUAGGAAAACUCCCACUGAGGGUGCACCUGUCCACUUGCAAAGUGAGCUAAUGCCAAAAUAGCAAUGA